UGUGGCGCGACGCGGCGGAGGAGGCGUCGGGGUCAGCGGGAUGGAGGUGGCCGCCGCGGCCGUGCGGCGCUCGGUGGGGCAGGGCCGGCCCCUCCGCUGCGGGCUGGGUCUCCGGGAAAGGUGGCCUGUCCCCGCCGGAGGGGUGUCCCUCAGGUGCUGCAGCACGCGGGUGAGCCUGGAGGGCGUCAACAGGCCCGUCAUAGACCGCAUCAUCCGGGUGGACCACGCCGGGGAGUACGGGGCCAACCGCAUCUAUGCGGGGCAGAUGGCCGUCCUGGGGAGAUCGAGCGUGGGACCCAUUAUCCAGCAAAUGUGGAAUCAAGAAAAAGACCACCUGAAAAAGUUUGAUGAACUAAUGGUUGCAUACAGAGUUCGACCUACUGUUUUACUGCCAUUUUGGAACGUAGCAGGUUUUGUUUUAGGGGCUGGAAGUGCUUUGCUUGGAAAGAAAGGUGCAAUGGCCUGCACGGUGGCAGUGGAAGAGAGUAUAUCCGAUCACUACAAUAGCCAGAUCCGAACUCUCGUGGAAGAAGGUCCAGAAAAAUACCAAGAACUGUUGCAGGUGAUAAAGCAAUUUCGGGAUGAUGAGCGGGAGCACCAUGACAUUGGGCUGGAGCACGAUGCAGAAGCAGCACCAGCAUAUGCAGUUUUGAAGACAGCUAUACAACUUGGAUGCAAAGCUGCAAUAUUUUUAUCAGAAAGAAUUUAGUGAUAUUUUCAAUAAUGUUUGUGGCAAUAACCUGUGACACAAAAGAGUAUGGAAAUUGUGAAAGACUGAUAGUUACUUUAAAAUUUUUCAGCCAUCCUGUGUCCUAUUGAGAUCAAAAACUAUAUUAAGAUCAGUUGAGCUACAUGUGAGUAAAGAUGGCAGAGUUGGGUCCGUAUGAACUAAACCUCUUUAUUCAAAGACUGUUCACAAGGUGGCAGCAAAAUAUGUAUGUAUAUAAAUGAUUUAUAUAUAUAAUGUGUGUAAGUAUAAACACACACAAAUACAUUCUCUGUUGCCUUCACAUUUAUAUGUACUUGAAAUAAGCUGGAGCUCAUCAGCUCAUUUUAAAACGGUUAAUACUGAUUAAGUAGGAUAUUUUUGAGUUCUGUUUUCAGGGUAAGUAAAUGAAAUACUAAUAAGUAUUUCUUUUCAGUUUGUUUUGAAUAAAGAUUGGUAUUACAAGACUUUCAUUUUAA